AGGAGCCGCCUCGUUCUCGCGAGAGAGCAGCCGCACUCUCGCACAACCGCGCGCGAUUUGCUGGUUCCGGUCUUUUCGUGGCCAGGGCGGGACCAUGGCGGUGGGCAAGAACAAGCGGCUCACCAAGGGUGGCAAGAAAGGCGCCAAGAAGAAAGUGGUUGAUCCUUUCUCCAAAAAGGACUGGUAUGAUGUCAAAGCACCAGCAAUGUUUAACAUCCGAAACAUCGGGAAGACGCUUGUCACCAGGACUCAAGGAACUAAAAUUGCUUCUGAUGGGCUGAAGGGUCGUGUAUUUGAAGUGAGCCUGGCUGAUCUGCAAAAUGAUGAGGUUGCCUUCCGUAAAUUUAAGCUGGUAACUGAGGAUGUUCAGGGCAAAAAUUGUCUGACCAACUUCCAUGGAAUGGACCUCACCAGGGAUAAAAUGUGCUCCAUGGUCAAAAAGUGGCAGACGAUGAUUGAAGCCCAUGUAGAUGUCAAAACGACCGAUGGUUACCUGCUGCGCCUCUUCUGCGUGGGCUUCACAAAGAAGCGCAAUAACCAAAUCCGCAAGACCUCGUAUGCCCAGCAUCAGCAGGUGCGGCAGAUCCGCAAGAAGAUGAUGGAAAUCAUGACCCGAGAGGUGCAAACCAAUGACCUGAAAGAAGUUGUCAAUAAGCUGAUCCCGGACAGUAUUGGCAAAGACAUAGAGAAGGCGUGCCAGUCCAUUUACCCACUUCACGAUGUCUAUGUCCGCAAGGUUAAGAUGCUGAAGAAGCCCAAGUUCGAACUGGGCAAGCUGAUGGAGCUGCAUGGAGAAGGUGGUGGUGCUGGCAAACCCUCUGGGGACGAGGCAGGCACUAAAGUAGAGAGAGCUGACGGAUACGAGCCACCCGUGCAAGAAUCUGUCUGAAACUAAAAAUCGAUGGAAAAUAAAAGUUCUAAUAUACAGA